AGUACUCUCGGGUGGAGGGAGGAGCGAGUUGACGUGCAGAGCAGCCCCGUUACCUCUUUGCCAGUGGUGGGUUUGUGGCCACAGCAAUAGCUCCGAGUGGCGGAUAGAUGGUGGACACGACGCAGCCGGCGAUGGAGGGCGAAGAGAACAUGGUUCGCUUCGCCCGUAAGGGCGCCCUGAGGCAGAAGAACGUGCACGAGGUGAAGGACCACAAGUUCAUCGCCCGCUUCUUCAAGCAGCCCACGUUCUGCAGCCACUGCACAGACUUCAUCUGGGGAUUCGGCAAGCAGGGAUUCCAGUGUCAAGUUUGCUCCUUCGUAGUCCACAAGCGGUGCCAUGAGUUUGUCACCUUCUCCUGCCCAGGUGCAGAUACGGGACCUGCCUCUGAGGAUCCCCGGAACAAGCAUGAAUUCAAAAUUCACACCUACUCUAGCCCAACAUUCUGUGAUCAUUGCGGUUCUCUCCUUUAUGGGCUCAUCCAUCAGGGCAUGAAAUGUGACACCUGUAUGAUGAAUGUCCACAAGCGAUGUGUUUCCAACGUGCCCAGUAUGUGUGGCAUGGACCACACUGAGCGAAGAGGACGUAUCUUCAUCAAGGCGGAAAUUGUCAAGGACCUGCUCACUGUCCUGGUGAAAGAAGCCCGGAACCUUGUACCAAUGGACCCCAAUGGCCUCUCUGACCCCUAUGUGAAGUUGAAGCUGAUUCCUGACCCGAAGAGUGAGAGCAAGCAGAAAACCAGGACCAUUAAGUGUUCCCUCAACCCAACCUGGAAUGAGAGCUUCACGUUCAAUCUAAAGGAUUCAGACAAGGACCGCAGGCUGUCUAUUGGAAUAUGGGACUGGGAUCUAACCAGCCGAAAUGAUUUCAUGGGAUCACUGUCUUUUGGCAUCUCAGAGCUGCAGAAAGCAGGGGUCAAUGGCUGGUACAAGCUGCUGAGUCAAGAGGAAGGGGAGUACUACAAUGUUCCCGUGCCUCCUGAUGAGGACAUUGAAGGAAAUGAGGAGCUAAGGCAGAAAUUUGAGAGAGCCAGAAUUGGACCAGGAUCUAAGGCGGCUGAGGAGAAGAGAUCUGAUUCUUGGUCCAAAAUUGACAACAAUGGCAAUCGAGACCGAGUGAAGCUGACUGACUUCAACUUUUUGAUGGUGCUAGGAAAAGGCAGCUUUGGGAAGGUAAUGUUAGCUGAAAGAAAGGGCACUGAUGAGCUGUAUGCCAUCAAGAUCCUGAAGAAGGAUGUGGUGAUCCAGGACGAUGAUGUAGAGUGUACCAUGGUGGAGAAGAGAGUUCUGGCUGCUCCCAGGAAACCCCAGUUCCUGACCCAACUGCACUCCUGCUUCCAGACCAUGGAGCGUUUGUAUUUUGUGAUGGAGUAUGUGAACGGAGGCGAUCUCAUGUACCAGAUUCAGCAGGUUGGCAGAUUCAAAGAGCCCCAUGCUGUAUUCUAUGCAGCAGAGAUUGCUGUUGGCCUGUUCUUCCUGCACAAUCAUGGCAUUGUUUACAGAGACCUGAAGUUGGACAAUGUAAUGCUGGAUUCAGAAGGACACAUAAAGAUUGCUGAUUUUGGCAUGUGUAAGGAGAAUAUGUGGGAUGGAGUGACGACCAAGACCUUCUGUGGUACACCUGACUAUAUCGCGCCUGAGAUCAUUGCCUAUCAACCAUAUGGGAAGUCAGUGGAUUGGUGGGCAUAUGGAGUAUUACUGUAUGAAAUGCUGGCAGGACAGCCUCCUUUUGACGGUGAGGAUGAAGAUGAGCUUUUCCAGUCUAUCAUGGAACAUAAUGUAACUUAUCCCAAAUCAAUGUCCAAAGAAGCUGUGUCCAUUUGUAAAGGGCUUUUAACAAAGCAUCCAGCAAAACGUCUGGGUUGUGGACCUGAAGGGGAACGAGACAUCAAGGAACAUGCAUUUUUCCGUUGGAUUGAUUGGGAAAAGUUGCAACGCAUGGAAAUUCAACCUCCAUUCAAGCCAAAAGCGUGCGGGCGCAACGCUGAGAACUUCGACCGAUUUUUCACCCGUCAUCCACCAGUUUUAACACCACCUGACCAAGAGGUCAUCAUGAAUAUUGACCAGGCAGAGUUUGAGGGCUUCUCCUUUGUUAACACGGAGUUUGCAAAGCCAGAGGUUACCUGUUAAUUUUGUCUGGGGAGGAAUAAGGGAACGAGAGGGAUGGGGGUCAGAAAUCCUCUCCAGCUUGAGGGCCAAAUUCUGGGUUGUGUGGCAUGUUCACAGGCUGUUAACUUCUGCGAUGUUUGCUUUGCAAUUCUCUCAAAGCGUGUUGGAAUGCAGUCCUUCAUUCUUCACCUCACUACAGCAGGACGCUGAGUGCUGCCAGCAGCCGAUGCAGCAGCUGCUGAUAGUUCACAUUGCAGGUACUUCCCUUUACAUUCAGUCUGUAUGAAAAUGCUUUGCAAAACUAUUAGCUGCCUGAUUGCCAAAACCUGUUUGAUAGUUUAUUAACUGCACCAGUUCAGUGGCUUCCCCGUUGCUCCAACACAAAGAGGUAAUCUCCCUUCACUAUGUAGUGAGGCAUUCUCUGGCUGUGAAACCCAUUGUGUCUUUGUGAAGGUUUCCUUGCAAAACAUGUCUGUGGCUGUGGGAAAUAUACCCAGGGAAAUUUUUGUUAACAGAUUUAAGAUGUCAUUUUAAGUGGCUCUUAAGAAAUGUGUCAAGGUUUCUCUAAAUAUUUUAUGGCCGUGUCAUGUGAUCCCCGAGGCUGAUGUGUAAUUAUAAUUAUAUUUGAAUUGAACUGAGUGUCUGUAAAGAUUGCUCUAUUUUACAAGUGUUAGUGUCUCUCCCCACCCUAUUUGGUAAUAAAUCCUUCUACAGGCUGAAUAAAAUACUGAAGACCCAGCUUCAUUCUCACCACUGGCUCUGACCUUAUAGGGUGAACCUUCUCGCAGAGUGCUGGCAUGUUUAUGGUAAAAAUGAAACUUUGCAAGAAAUUUUAACAAAAAGUGCGUGCCUGUUGUUUUGUAGUGUGUUGUUAACAGUGCCUGCAGUUGAUGUGCCAAAUAUUUUUCCAGUAUUGAUAAACAAUAAAGAAAA